AUAACGCGCUAAAGAAACAAACGCGGUAAGGCCGUUCCCUCGCGCCUCUGGGCAGCAUCCCCUCCCUCCUUCCGUUUUUCCUCAGCUUUAAAUACCUCCGCGUUUUCUGUCUGCAACCAGUUAAUCCCCCGUUUCCAAUACUUAUUUGCCUAAAAGAUCUCCCGUGAAAAUCGACACGCAUUGCGCAGAAACGACUUUUUUUCUUUCAAACAAUUUCACUGCAAUGGCGAGCGCGAGGGUAGAUCUGGACGGGAAAUCGAUAAAGCCGAUCACCAUAUGCAUGAUCGGCGCCGGAGGUUUCAUCGGCUCGCAUCUUUGCGAGAAGCUUAUUGCGGAGACGCCUCACAAGGUGCUGGCGGUGGACGUGUACAAUGACAAGAUCAAGCACUUACUCGAGCCUUCUUCCUUGCCCUGGGCGGACCGCAUCCAGUUCCACCGCCUCAACAUUAAGAGUGACUCUCGCCUCGAAGGCCUCAUUCGAAUGGCGGAUCUCACCAUAAACCUUGCUGCAAUAUGCACUCCCGCAGAUUACAACACACGUCCUCUUGACACAAUCUACAGCAAUUUUAUUGAUGCUCUACCGGUGGUGAAAUACUGUUCAGAAAAUGGCAAACGCCUCAUUCAUUUUUCCACUUGUGAAGUUUACGGGAAAACAGUUGGUUGUUUUUUACCCAAAGAUAGCCCAUUACGUCAGCUUUCAUCUCUAUCUUAUUGUGCAAACAGUUUAUGUACAAAUUGUGCAUGGCCUUCAGGAGUCACUUAUGACUGUAGGCUCCCUGUAUAUGUUUUCGCAAUAGCAGACACGGGGAUUAAGAAUUACUUUGUGCAUACAAUGGUCAUUUUCAUGUCACUACUGUUUGGUUUUUGUGGUUCUGUUUACCAAGAUCCUGCUUACUAUGUCCUUGCAGAAGAUGCAUCACCUUGCAUAUUCGGACCUAUAGAGAAACAAAGGUGGUCAUAUGCAUGUGCAAAACAGUUAAUUGAGAGGUUGAUCUAUGCUGAGGGUGCUGAGAAUGGCCUGGAAUUUACUAUUGUGAGGCCUUUCAACUGGAUUGGUCCACGGAUGGAUUUCAUACCCGGGAUUGAUGGCCCAAGUGAAGGCGUGCCACGAGUUCUAGCCUGCUUCAGCAAUAAUCUCUUGAGGCGUGAACCACUGAAGCUUGUGGAUGGUGGUCAAUCACAGAGAACCUUUGUUUAUAUUAAGGAUGCCAUUGAAGCUGUUCUGUUGAUGAUUGAAAAUCCAGCCCGGGCUAAUGGUCAUAUAUUCAAUGUUGGCAACCCUAACAAUGAAGUUACAGUAAGACAGCUUGCUGAAAUGAUGACUCAGGUCUACACAAAGGUUAGUGGAGAAUCUCCAGUUGAUACUCCCACAAUCGACAUAAGCUCCAAAGAAUUCUACGGUGAAGGGUAUGAUGACAGCGACAAGAGGAUCCCCGACAUGACCAUAAUCAACCGACAACUUGGAUGGAAUCCAAAGACAUCGCUUUGGGACUUGCUUGAAUCCACACUCACUUACCAACACAGGACAUAUGCUGAAGCCAUAAAGAAGGCCACUUCACAACCAAUGGCUAGUUGAGGAGAAAGUGCAUCUAUGUGUUUUCUUUUUGUGCUCCAGCAAUAUGGAGGGCCUUUUGAUUUUCAUUUGUUCAUUUGUAUAAUUUUGUUUGAUAUAUGCGGUUGAGGUUCAUAUUCCCUCAUUCUUUUUGACAGAAGUAUCGUUUAUCAGCAGCAAACGAUUUAAUGACCUUUUGUAUGCAUUGUUAUCUUUUUUGAGGGCUGUUUUACAGAGAAAUACAAAUUUUCCCUUCGCGAUUGUUGGUGUCAGCCAUAGUUUGUCUACAAGGCAGAGAGCGUUAUUUGACUCAUUCAUUGGUUCUCUUUGAAGAAAACACAAAUUUUUAAAGGGCAAUUUUUCCUAAAAUCUC